AUGCAAUUGAACAAUAGUGCUUCGCAAUCUUCAUCAACUCAUCAAGUGAAAUUGCCUACGAUCCACUUACCUACAUUUGAGGGCGCUUUUGAUCAAUGGAUAAAAUUCCAUGAUACAUUCCAGUCAGUUAUCCAUAACAACGAAAGCAUUACCAGCAUCCAGAAAUUUCAAUAUUUAAAAGGAUGCUUAACGGGCACGGCAUCGGAAACUAUCAAGUCACUACCAAUCAGCGCGUCGAACUACGAGGUAGCGUGGGAGAGGCUUUGCAAGAGGUUUCAUAACAAGAAGCUCAUUGUUGAAAAUCAUUUGAAGGCAUUAUUCGGGCUAGGACAGGUUAAGAAGAAUUCACAUGUAUCCCUAAGAGAUCACUUGGACAAACUUUUGAACAACGUGCAGGCAUUAGGAGUACUGGCACAUCCCACCCUAGAUGACAUGUUGGUCUACAUAGCGGUAUCUAAAUUAGACUCAUUUACCAGGGAAAAAUGGGAAGAGGCCACGGUAAACAUCGAUUUUCCAACUUUCGAGCAACUGACGGAGUUUAUGCAGGAACGCUGCAAAAUACUAGAAUCUAGAACAAUAAAGGAGCCAAUUAAUCAGUCGAACAUAUCUCGGGAUCAAGGAAACACUAAACGCGUAGAUCGUGGCACGCCUCAGAAAUCUAAAAUAUCGUUCACAGCCGUUCAUCCUUCAUGUUCGCAGUGCCAAGGGGAACAUUAUCUUUCUAAUUGUGAUCAAUUCACAAGAUUGCCGGUAGAAGAAAGAUUUAACAUUGUAACAAGGUCCAAAUUGUGUAUUAACUGUUUGAGACCUAAUCACUUGGCGCGUUUCUGUCGCAGUUCGAGAUGCAAGAGGUGUAAUGGGAAACACCACACCACAUUACAUAAUCACGACCACACCUCUGCGGUCGAAAAGGUGCGUUCAACACAACCAGCAGGAAACAUAUCGGCUACAGCAGCAACACACACUCAGGAACACGAAAUUGAAUCAUACUUGUCGCAUUCGGAAAAGGUAUUUCUUGUACGUUGUAAUGAAGUACUUUUAUCAACUGCCGUGGUAGAUGUUGAGAAUGCGCAAGGAAAAUAUGAAUCUUGCAGAAUACUGUUGGACAGUGCAGCGCAGUCUAAUUUCAUCACUGAACGUUUUGCGGAAAUGUUACGGUUAAAACGGGAAGAUGUACAUAUUCCCAUUGUGGGUAUAGGAAAUUGCAACACAAAGGUAAAUCAACGAGUGAGUACGAUCAUGAAAUCGCGAACAACUGAAUACAAGAUUAAAAUAAGCUUUUUAGUAAUACCAAAUAUUACAAGUAGACUGCCUUCGGUGGACUUUUCUGCUCGCAUUAUUUCAAUACCGGACAACAUCAUAUUAGCUGAUCCACACUUCAGUCAAGCGCGACCAGUUGAUGCAUUGCUUGGUGCGGAAAUAUUCUGGGAAUUAAUUUGCAUUGGGCAGAUAAACGUGGCAUCGCAUUCGAAACUUCGGCUACAAAAAACAUUGCUAGGGUGGGUGAUAUCUGGACAAGUGCCAUUGAGGAUUACAAAUGAUCGCACUGCCCACGUUGUAAGGGCUUGUUGUGCAACUACCGAUCUAAACCUAAAAAUUCAACGAAAAGAUCCCAUUUGGUCGCCAGAUGAAAAGUUCUGCGAAAUUCAUUUCUCUCAAGAGACGAGAAGGGGCAUAGAUGGUAAAUUUAUAGUUUCAUUUCCAUUUAAGUCGUCAAUUCAAAACUUGGGAGAUUCAAGGAGUAUGGCGCAAGGGCGAUUUAUGGCGUUAGAACGGCGGCUCCAAAGGCAGACUUCACUUAAGGAUCAGUACGAAGAAUUUAUGCAAGAAUACAUCAAUCUUGGCCAUAUGUCGGAAGUAUCGGAAACUACAACGAAGAAGAGUAUUUUCUUCCUCACCAUUCGGUAA